AUGCAGAACGCUCCUAAGAAACACUUCGACGGCAAGCGCAAGAAGGCGAAGGUCGACAAGAACAACAAGAGCAGUGGGCAUGAUGAAGUCCUGCUUUGCGAUAUCAACCGACUUCUCAAACGCAACGAGACCGAACAGGACAACGACAGCGAGCCUCUGUCCCUUCCCGAGAAAUUCACCGAGAUUGAUGUCAAGAUUGUGGAGCUUUCCUCAACAGGCGAUGGUCUGGCGCUUGCUGAAAAUGGGAAAUAUGUCUAUGUUGUUCCGUUCACGGUCCCCGGAGAUACCGUGCGAGUCAAAUUGGUCAAGCAUUUCGAGCCAUUGUCAUACAGUUUGACCGAUUUUGUCAAAGUGAUCGAACCGGGACCCCAGAGAAACGAUGCGCUGAUUGGAUGCAAAUACUUCGGCGAGUGUUCUGGGUGUCAGCUUCAGAUGAUGUCCUAUGAUGACCAGCUUGCUCACAAACGGCGCAUUGUGGAGAAAGCCUAUGCCAAUUUCUCUGGGUUGAUCCCGGAGCUUGUUCCUACCAUUGGAGAAACCUUUGCUUCGCCCAUGCAAUUUGGAUAUCGCACAAAACUCACGCCGCAUUUCGCACAUGGUGGCGCCGGCAAAGGCUCUAAGGACGGCGAAGAACCGAAGGUCCCCCCGAUUGGAUUCACAUACAAGAACCGACGACUGGAUAUGGACAUUGAAGACUGUCCCCUGGGAACGGACAUUGUGCGUCGCGGACUCACCAGUGAGAGGAAACGAGUUGCGGAGAACAUCCGUUCUUACAAGCGGGGUGCCACUCUCCUGAUGCGAGAAUCCACCGCACGUAUCCCCAAAGACGCCGCGCCUACCUCCGAGGGAGAGACUCCCACUGUCGGCGGGAUUGCCGCCACCCCCAACGCAGACACGGGCGAUGUUAUCCGCAUUGAGCGCGAAAACUACAUCGAAGAGAAGCGUUGCGUCACAGACAACAACGCCACAUCCUUCGAGUACGUCGACGACUAUAUCUUCAGCAACAAAGCAGGUGCCUUCUUCCAAAACAACAACUCAAUUUUGUCUGGCUUCACAGAGUACAUCCGCUCGCAAGCCAUUCCCGCAGGCAACGACCAAGACGCAAAGCCAAUCAAGUACCUAUUGGACGCGUAUUCCGGCUCGGGCCUGUUCACAAUUACCCUCUCUCCAUUGUUCAAGUCCAGUCUCGGUGUCGAUAUUGGAGGCGAUUCUAUCGUUUCAGCACGCGAGAAUGCUCGUGCCAAUAAUCUUCCCAACACAGGCUUCGCUGCUGCCGAUGCCGCUACUCUCUUCAAGGACGUUCCGUACCCAUCGGAUCAGACAUUGUUGGUUAUUGACCCGCCUCGCAAGGGUUGUUCGGAGGACUUCCUGCGCCAAAUGCUUGAGUUCAAGCCGCGCCGUGUUGUCUAUGUCAGCUGUAACGUCCAUACCCAGGCUCGUGACGUUGCUGUUAUGGUGCAGGGUGACGAGAAGCAGAAUGUUCGCUAUGAGAUUGAGAGCGUCCGUGGCUUUGAUUUCUUCCCUCAGACCGGUCAUGUGGAGGGUGUGGCUAUUUUGAACCGUACCACAUUCCCUCAGACUGAGACUGUCUGA